CCUGGUGGCUAGCGUGGGAGACGGAGGCGUGGACUGAGCUGGCGGGGCGGGGCUCCUCCCGAUGAGAGGCUGGGCGCAUCGUUCGCUUCACCGCGCGUCGAAGAGUGGCGUUUUUCUGUGGGAUUAGGCCGCUUGGCUUCUGCUUUGGUUUCGCGGAAGCGCGGCCGUCCGAGGCCGCAUUCUCCCACUUCCCUUUUCCGGAACGAAGCGGGAAAUCUUUUUUCAACUCUGCCGGCGCGAAUGGCCACCUCUAAUCUUUUUAGCCCUCUCGACUUUGUAGUAAUGGUAUUAAGAAUAACUGUUACCUAAAAUUUUUUUUAACGCAGACUACUUUGCCAGCACAGUGCUAGGGCUGGCGACAUAGAGAUGGGCAUGACUAGACCUCGGGGCUCAAUUCGGGCUGGUCAGAGGGCUAGAAAGCUGCAAGAUUGGCUUUUGUCCUAAAGCAUUUGUAGCUAUGGACUUGCCAGAUAAAAGCCAGUGGGAUGAAACUACCUGUGACCUGGCUGUUUGUCAGCACCCACAAUGCUGGGCAACUCUCCGCCGAAUCGAGAGGGGCCACCCUCGAAUUCUGGAUUCCUCCCGCAGAUCUCCUCUGGAUGCUGAAGACAGACUCCCAGUGCUCACCAUUGUAAACAUGGCAGAUUCCUGCUUCCAGGCCAAGAGACUUGCUUGUGGUCAUUUAUCAGGAUUUACCUUCCCCAAGGCUCACUCUUUAUUGUCUCAACGUUCAAAGUUUUACUCCAAAUUUCAACGCAGGCCUUGGAAGGAUUUACCUGACAGAGACUUAAUAUGCCGUACUAACAGAUCUCCCAAACUAUCAGUGCUAAAUUUGAAUGAGACACAACUUCCUUGUCCUCAAGAUGUAGGAAAUACGGAUGUAAUCUGGAUCCCAGAGAAGCAUACGAGUCCAGCUGAGAAGCAUAUUAUUCGCAGCCAGGAUGGGGAGAUGAAAAGAAAGAAAUCUACAGGGAAACACAAGUCAUCUCGGGACCCACAAACACAGUUGGGACCUCCAGGGAUGAUUGUGCCUCCUUCCUCCCCAGUACACUUGUUUGAACAACUAAGUUCAGAAUGCGUACCUUUAUGGAACCAGUAUGACAUGUUACCUCAGGAUCUACUGAAGGACCUCUUGCUGGAUAAAGGGAAAACCGUACCUUAUCUGGAGAUGCAGACACAGCUGGCCAUGAUGAGAAAGAAACCUCCCCUGGAAAAGAGCCGACCUGACAGUGCCAUUUCUGCUAAGAUGUAUUUAUCUGUACACUGCCUCACCCCGCAAAGACCAGCAUUGAGAUAUCCUGAACAUUUGAAGAAACUAUAUUAUAACCUGACAACAGAAGGUUACAGGAAGCAGCAGCAGCAGCAGCAGGGGAAGGUGAAGACAGCUACUAGGAAACAGGAGGCUAAAAAGAAAUCCAAGAGUGAACCAGGGAGCCACAACACCUCGCGUAAACGUUCAGGUGCCAUGGUUUAUGACCCACGCUGUGGUCACAGAACUCUACCAGGUCGGGAAAGUGACAAAACACAGCAGCAGCAGAUGAAGAUAGACGGCCCCACUUUGAAACAGGAUUCCACAGAGAGACCACAGAUGGACUGCACUAAGAAAAUCCUGGAUUCCUUCCCCGGUCCUGAAUUUUCCACAAUAGAAUGCACUAACAAGGACAUCAGGACUCAGAUGGAGAUUUUGCUGGAAGCCCAAGAGAGGACCCCAAACAGUACUUCUAGAACAGGCUGGAACCCUGAGCUCAAACUGCUGAGGAUUCUUCAGGCCACUGAUGAAGAGGACGAGGAGAACCAACCCUCUGGGGCACAGAGUGAAGAGUCUCUGGAGGCAUAGGCGGAAGGCAUCAUGGGGCAGCCUUAUUCCAGAGCAGCAUGCUUGGAUUCCUGAGGACAGUGACCUUGGACAUAAGGGCAGGAAGGAGAGGGGACUUCUACUUCCUGGAGCCUCUACCGGGGUCUGACCUUAGGGAUUCUGUUUUCUUCAUUCACUUCUACUUGCUUCUAAAAUAAGCGAGGGAGAAAAAGCCCCACCCCUUUCUAACUUAGACCUUUUCUCUUCCAUUAGGUCCAGGAUAAUUUUAGUGAUUAAAUACAGCUGCUGCUUAUCAAAAGACUCAUUUCUCUGUUUCUGGGUCACUUUUAUCUCCUCUCUGAAACUGAAAGGUUUCUAGUUACAGGAAGAUGAAUUUGGCCUGUGGGAACCCCUACUGUGUUGCUUUUCCUCCUAUUCCCUGGAAAUGGUUUAUUUUGAGGAUGGCAUCUGCAUCAUUAUCAAAUAACAUUCAUUGUGCUGUG